AGUUUCAUCAUGUAUGGGUAACACUGCUGAACAUCGGUUCAACAUAUGUGAAAUACGAUCUUGCGCGAAAAAGUAAUGUUAUGGAAGUGUUGUCGACACAACACCGUGUUUGGCAAACUUUCGUAUUGUCGUUUAAUUAUAUAUCAAUUUCGUUUAAACAAGCAUCAAAUAGCCAGCGGCAAUUGUCAGCCGUUGCAACCUGCCUUGUGUCUUAAAACUGGACGCGUCCGGCUAACAUCUGUCUUUGAGAAGUUCUAUUGGGAAGUUAACGAGUCAUCUUAUACCCCUCAACCGUUGGGUUUCGUCACCCCGGUUUAUCGCGCACCGAACUGUGUGUUUACGGUCGUUGAAUGUGCCUGUUGCGCUCUAAACACGGCCGACUUUGUGAGAAUCUCUUUGCGCAUUCGACUUCCCGGCGUUGUUUUCGUUUUUUUUGCGGAGAAAUCCUCUCGGCACCAUGCGCGCGGGUAAACAAAGCUAGCAGUCGAGAUUAGAAUACCGCGCGCGCUCGCGCGCAAACUCAAAGCAUACAUGCGUCCUCCUGUGAGGACCCAAGACGCUUAUUGGUCGACCGCAAGAAGCCGAGGAGGAAAUCACUUUAAGGGUGGGCUUAUCGCUAAGGUAUUAAAAGCUGACUCUCGUGGGCAGACGACCAAAAUAAAGCGAGGUCUCUCGGCAAAAGGAAAGGUGAUAUAGAGGCGACGAUACAACUUGGAAAAUAUGGAAGCGUUUCGCGUGCUAUAUACUUUGCUUAUUGUCUGGUCUGUUCGUGAUUUGAGACUGAGCGAUGCACUACCAACAGAAGCCAUUGCAGAGAAGAGUUUACAAAAGAGAAGAGGCCGGCCAAAAUCGGACUUGAGAUGCACUCCGAGGAUGGAAGGUCAGCUGAGGUUCAUUGCAGGAGGCAUCCAGGUUUGUCAAUCGAGGUCAUGGUCGCCCAUCUCGAAUCUUUUCAGCUUCCCAUCAAGACAAGGCACUUUACCAACAUCUUGUCUUGAUGCGAAAUUCAAGCGUUUGGACAGAGGCAAGGGAGAUGGAUUUUACUGGAUCAACCCCUCCGGAAUAGAUGACCUGAAGAAUGCUAUCGUCGUAUACUGCGAUAUGACAAGCGCGGGGGGUGGCUGGAUGCUGGCCGCGAAAAUCACUCACGAUUACGCUUGGAUCUGCCCGGAGCGCAAAGGAUCGAGUUGUUUCAAUUCCGAAGUGGAUCCAUUACGAUCCAACCUUUUUCACCCUGCACACGCGAGAGAUUUUGUUGAUCUGCGAAUUACGAGUGACGAAAAUUCCGGUGUCCAUCUCAAGAAGACGGUUCUCAGGAAGAUUUUUGAAAGUGGCCUACAGUCAGUCCGGUUUACGUUUGUAACCGCUGACAGCGGUUGGACACCGAGCGAAGACGCAUAUGCCGCAUUCAACCGGGAAAGGACGAACACGCUUUUUGUCGAUGGCAAUUGGGUGGAAUAUAGUGCAGCAAGGCAGGAUUAUACCUGGAAUGUUGUUAAACACGAGAGAAAUACCUUCAAAUUCUCAGGCAGUACAUUAUGCUGGGGUAGCAACGUCAAUACCUCGUAUCGGUUCUACGAACACGGACUGCAUUUUGGCAGCGCCGCCCAGACGGGAAGCAAAAAAUGCCAUCUCGCAAAUGACGAGACGGAAAUUAUGCUAAAGAGUCACUACGCAUUCGUAGAGGGCAACGGGCGCAGUGCCACCUGGGAUCGCGCCCAAUUUGGCUUCCUCUCGUCACACGUGCUGCAGGUCCCUUGCAAGAGGAUCGCAAUCUGGAUCAGAUAGGAAUAUAUAAAUAUAUACACAUAUUUAGUUAGAGCUGUAAUAUCACACGACAUGAGUAAGUUUGUUUUAAAUUUUCACCAAGAUAAGACUGUUUUUAAUCUGUAAAUACUAAGCCGAAGUUAACGUAAUUUUGUGAUUGCCUUUCUUAAACAAAAAAGCAGUCCAUUGAGACGUGGUUGGGAAAUUCGUUCUGUCCUGCCGUUUUUUUCAUGUUUAUGCAAACAUGUCUAAGGCGAAGACGUUGGAUUGUGUGUACAAUGAAGCACUCGCGUGCUAUUAUACUAGCAAUACUCCGUCCAGUCUUCAACCCAAUCUCGUACCCAGGGUCUUUUCUCCUUGCUCAGACUCUGGGCUCCCCCCCCCCCAGAGUCUGAGCACAGAGAAAAACACUAGGUACGAGGUUGUCAUUCAACUAUGCUGUUGAAAUAUCUAUGAGAAAAAUUUAAAACGAUUUGUAAACAGUGAAGUCGUCUCAAUAUUAAAUUUUAGCUGACUGAAGGUCGCUAUAUGUUCCGAAUUUCCACACCAUAUCUCUAUCGACUACUGCUGAAACCAUCAUCUUUUUUGUGCAACCUGAAGAAAGGCGUGCUAAUUUUUGUUUUCGAACGCGUUUGUCGACCACUUUUAUAAAUGUAACCGAAUCAAGUUUUCCAAUUUUUUAAAAACGGAUGAAGCCUUCCUGAUUUUACCGCUGGACGGUAAAAUCCCUUGUGAAUAGAAUGAUCCAUUUUUUUAUUCAACAUCACUUCAAGAAAUUGCUUUCUUUUUUCUCAAAGUUGUUCUCUGAAACUGAUUUUUAUUACAUCGUAUGCAUUGAAAUAAAUACGAGUUCUAUUGACUGAUUUGAAAACAAAGACUGGAGAGAGUGACUGUCGUGCUUUUCUGAAAUGAGACAUUAUCCUCCCCCUUAUUGGAGAGGGGAAGAUUUUUAUAGUGGGUGAACCAUUCUACUACUAGUGACAUGGAUAUAUGCUGUUCAACUAUACCCCCUCCGCCCACCAAAAGUGUAUCGAUAUAGGUUUCUGGCUAUUGAAAAUAGUAACGAUUUUUGAAUAGCAAUUUUUGUUCCUCAUUCCCCCUUUCUAUACACAGACAGAUAUCUAUCCAGUCCUUGUUUCAAAUCAGAGAUUCUAUAUCCAUUUGUGGGACACGUCGAACAUAAGUAUUUCAGCAGUUUGGCGAGAAUUCAAAAUAUAACUUUACAUCAUGACUGCAUAUAGUUAAUGCAGUUGAUAUAGUCAAUGUCUUCUUUUGGCAUUGGGAAGAGUAACCAACGAAUAAAAGACGCUGGUGUAACUAACGUAGUAGAGUUUCUUAGCUUCAUUUAGAGAAGAAGCGAUGCAUAUUUAUUCCAAAUUAUCAGCAACAUGUAACCCUAAAGAUAGGGAAUGUCUGUAAAACUGUUGCCACUAAAAGAUUGACAAGAUAUACAAAAAAUAUCGUAUCAAAACUAUUAUAAUAAUAACUGUAAAGAGAGUGUAUUUACCUCAUAGCUGAAACGCGGAAUUCUGUUUGUAUUCUUAUUAAGAGAAAGUGUGGAUGUUGUUUUUGAUUCAUUUCCUGAAGGCUAGGAACUUUCUACGAUCACUACGGGGUCGUGGCACUAAAUUUCAUCAGGAGUCAAUAAAUGCAUCGCAGUACUGCCGCUUCUACAAUACACAUCUUGACUAGCUAUGCUUUGCAAUGAUUUAUUCAGUGUUUCUCUUUCAACCUUCCUCAAUGCCAGUUAAUGAUUGCAAUCACCUGGUCUAACUGAGUGGUGACUGUUGCUUCUGAUACUAGUCUGGCUUUAUCUAGAACGUACCACUUUACAAUGUUUUAUGCAGGAAUAAACAUUCAGCCUUCCAUAAUUUCUGUUGGUCGCUACUAGGCUACUGUCUGUUAUGCUUUUCCUUUUACUACGUUUCGUGGCUAACUAGACUUGCUUCGUGACAUGCAAAAAUUGGAAUUAGAUUGGUCCAUUUACUGUUUUUCAACCAAUCAAAGUCACCCUUAAACCGUAGUUAGCGUACGUGCAUGAU